UGAUAUUUCUCUCUCUCUCUCGCAAAUGUCUUUUUGUAUACCUUCUAUUCGUGGUACUGAUCGCCUUGAUCUGUUACAAAAUUGGUACGUGUCUGCUUGAAUCAGCUGAUACGCAUCACACUGGAUGCUUGCAAAGUGACACAGCCCGAUGCAACUUCUAAUUUCAUGCCUUCUUCGAAUUUGUGAAUUAUUUUAAACUAUUUUUGUUUCAUCUUGUGCGUCUCAGAAAAUGAAGUAGAUUAAAUCACUGUGAUUUAGUAACGGCAAAUGGUCUUGGUACCAUUUUGCAAAACGAUUCAUUUCCAAAUUGGUACUGACAACACUGCCCCAUGUCGAACAUUUCAUAUCAUGUACAUGCGUACAGGCUUGGGCUUCCUGGAGAGGGUGAAGCAAAUGCAUCAGAAUGACGCCUUCCUUGGAUGACAGUGGCAGACAUAGUAGCAUUUCUUUGUUUUAAUAAUGUGAGCUAGACAGCACAAAGCUAUAGAUGUUACCUACCAAGUUUCAUGACGAUUUUUGUGCAAUGAUCAAUUUUACUACUGCUUUCAGUCUGCACCAUGCUGUCAUACAUGGUUAGCUAAAGGUUCUGUUCAUGACUGAGUGCAUCUAGUUGUCCAAAGAAAACUUACAGAGCAUGAACAGCAGGGCCUUAUGCCACCGGCCCACUGUUCUUUUUUGUCAGAUUGAAGAGGGAGAGAGGGGUGGAAGGCUGGAAGCAGAUCCUACCUAUUUAAUAAUGUUUUUUGGAGCUCGAUAUUAACUAUUCUUUUGCUUUCAGGUCAUGUCCAGAUAACUUUAAUGGCUUAACCUUGUGUGCUCAAUCUUUCUGACCUUCUACAUGUGUUUCUGGAUCUCUAUCUCUUGGUGGAAUCAAUUCUAUCGCUCUUUCAUCAGAAAGCUUUUUUGCAAGGUUUUAAAACCUUGUGACUGAGGAGUGAGGACUCAACUUGGACUCAGUUGACUCCUGACCUGCUGGUUCAACCUAGUGGCUCUGUCUGUUCUUGACUACUUCAUUUUUGACAGAAGUGUAUAUGUAUAUAUAAACUGCAUCUUUUAUGAUAUGUUUACCAUAAUUACAUUACUAGUAUAUGUAUUUGUAUCUUUUUUUAUGUAAGUGAAAGUUUGAUGCGUAUGCAUAUAAAAAAUGCAAUUUAAUAUAAUUUAAAUGGCAUGUUAUUUUAAUUAAACACAUACAUUAUAUACAUAAUGACUCAAUACAUCAACUUGUAAGUUGUAACUCGACUGACUCUGCUAGAUCAUCCCAUGACUCGGCUGUCUCUUAUCAACUCCUGGUUCUCCAUUUUCUUGACGUGGUUGAUGAAUAAGUCACUGAGUGAGCUGAGGGGAACUCAGUUGACUCAUCUGAGUUUUCAAACACUGAUCUGUGUGCAUAUGCAUGCUUGUCAUCUUAUUUGGCUCUACUAAGUCAACUAAUCGAACACUGUUCAUGUCAGUUGGACAUAAGUACAAGGAUGUUAAUUUUAAAGUGGUAUUUCAUGAACAUGCCCAAAAUCAAGCUGAAAGUUGUUAAUUGAGAAUAACGACCACUGGCUUUCUUGCCAAGAAAAAUGGUGUAGGAACUGAGUGUCUCCUUUUGAGAAAAUACUGUCUUAGGUAAUUAAUUCACCUAACAUGAUUGAAUCUGUUUUCUGGUUCUUGUGAAGCUAUAUCUUGUAGUGGUUCAGAUUCUGUCCCCAGAUUCGUGAAGGAGAAUAUGCCUCAUCACUGUAUUAGUUUCCUAUAUUCGGCCAGAAAUCUCUAGGCCAGAAGACUCACUUUAGUGUGCAUGUCAAGUGCACUUUUGUGGUCCUUGUGAGCGUGUAUAUUUAUUUCCUUCUGUGUUUAACAUUGUCAUCAUAGGACCCAAGGUUGCUUAGUUGGCAAACUGUGUCCAUUGCCAGUUGUAUGCACAUUGGAGGAUGUCAUUGCUACAGGUUCACUGAGUAUAAUUUGACCUAGCUGUUGGACUUUGUUCCUCACAUUUUUACUUUAUUUGGAAAAUAACUGGAUCAUGGCCAUUUCAAAUUUUGGGUAAAUAUAUCAGCCUUGGUAAGGUUAAACAGUUACCUGGAAUCUUAAGGACUUUCUGUUAAGUUUGAGGUUGACCUCUUUCAGCCUAGGUGUAAUUGCAUGUGCACCUAGACUUUGUGAUAGGUCUAAUUCGAUCCAUAAUUUUCUUGCUUCUAUUUCCUGUGAAACACACAUAGUGCCGAGGAAAAAGAAUUUGACUGAAACGCUGGAUCAACGGGUCAUGACUACCUCAUGGCUAGUGUUCUUAGUUUGCAUAACCUAAAAAGAGGGUUUGGUGGCAUAUCCUACUCUUUUAGCAUCAAAGAAAAUCUUUUGGGGGGACGGUUGAGUCAACGAGGAAAGGGAAUUGUUUUGCGGAGGUCAUCUUGAUGUCUGAAAGGGAGGCAUGCAAUUAUUGUGUUUGUGAUCUCGUGUAUGAUGGCAUUCUUGCUAGAGAGGAGUAUCUGGUCUUUUAGUGGGAGAAAGUGUUUAUAUAGAUAAAUAGUGAGUGCGUAAAUUAUUUGGUUAUGCUUAUUGCUUCCCCUUUCUGUUUUCUUCAAUAUAUCCUGCUUGUGUUUUUCAAAUGAACUUAAGGUACUUUUGGCAUGUUCUUUUGUAAUCUUAUAAAUUCACUCACCAGUCUGUUGCUGGUGUUCACGUUAGCAUCCCUAUGGUGUGGAUAUUUCCUUUGCAGUGAAAGGCAGCUGUGGCGCUUCUUCUGAUUUUCCUGGUGAGCAGAACUUCUGGAGGACUGAAGGAAUGAUCAAAUUAUAGACACCAAAAGCGUGUUUUCUUUUUUUUUGAAAGAAAUACAUUUGAAACACGAAAAAUAAGUUAGCCAAAAAAAAAAGAAGGCCAAAACAAAAAAAAAGAGCAAUUUUUUUCGUAUUUUCCCUUUUUUUCUUUUUAGACAUUUUUUUCACCUUUUUUAAUGCCAAACUGCUUGUUUCCAUUUAAAUUUUUUAUUUGCUUAUCUACUUAUUUUUUGAUGUUGUCUUAUUAGUUUCUGAUUUAUUUUAUUUUUCCUAUUUUUUAAGUUUUUUAAAAAAAUUACCAUGUUUUCCCCUUUUUCCCCCUUUUUUUCAAGCUUGCCGUAUUAUACUUGAGAAAAACCUUGCCGCUUAAAAUGCGAAAACGAUAUUCAAAUCCUGCCCUUCCACUGGUGAUCUCCCUUUUAAGUCCCAGGAAAUUCCUCACAAUGCUUUGAUACCUGGAUAGAAUCCAAACCACUGGUUGUUUGCUGCUUCAACAUAUGUUGUCCCUGUAACUAUAAGCCAAUGGGCCACAAAAGAGUUUCAGCCCUGAAAUAUCUGAGGAAAACAAAUUAGAUUGCCCUUGGCAUCCAGAAAAGGCUGUGUAUAUUUGCCAUAACCAUAUCUAUCUGACUGUUUACUUGGACAGCACUUGUUGGAGUUUAAUGACCGGCCAGAUCUUAGCCACGAAGAUCGUGAGAUGCUGAUUGAAGAUCUGGUGAGGGAGAUAACCUCCUUAUGGCUAACAGAUGAAUUGAGGCGUCAGAAGCCCACACCAGUAGACGAAGCCAGGGCAGGUCUACAUAUAGUGGAACAAUCACUUUGGAAGGCUAUUCCACAUUAUCUUCGUCGUGUUAGCAAUGCUUUGAAAAAGCAUACAGCUCGACCACUUCCAUUGACUUGCACACCUAUACGGUUUGGCUCUUGGAUGGGUGGUGAUAGAGAUGGAAAUCCUAAUGUGACAUCAAAGGUUACAAGGGAUGUUGCCUUUUUAUCAAGGUGGAUGGUUGCUGAUCUUUAUAUUCGAGAAAUUGACAGUCUCAGAUUUGAACUUUCAAUGAGCAGGUGUAGCGAUGAACUGGCACAACUUGCCUAUCUAGUCUUAUAUAAAGGAACAACUCAGGAAGACUGGCAUCAUGAGGGUAGGAAUCAGCAAAUGCACGUAGACCAACCAACUUCAGCAUUGCCAACCAAGCUUCCUGCUGGUGCUGGUUUGCCUUCAUGUACAGGGCAUAAUGAUGGCGAUACACAACUCCCCAUACUGCAAUUCCCACGCACUGAUGGCAGAAUUUCAGAGUUGCAGGAAGUUGAAAAGACUCCAACUUCGGUUCUUUUAGCCAAAAAGCCUGUUGGUGUAUCUUCUAGGAUGGGUGAUGACCACUCCUUUGCUGACAGUAACUCUGCAGAUUCUUCUGGUUCUGUACGGCAUGCUGCAACAGGGUCACCAUCUUCGCUAACUUCGGGCCGAUAUGCUUCCUUCGGUUCAAGUCAGUUUAAUGCACAAAAGAAAAUGUUUCCAGAAUCUCACAGCUUUCAGAAGCUUCUAGAACCUAGUCUGCCACAACGCCCUGGCAUUGCUCCAUACAGGAUUGUCCUUGGGGAUGUGAGAGAAAAGCUUAUAAAGACGCGAAGACGUCUGGAGCUUCUACUUGAGGGUCAUCGUUGUGAUUUUGACCCUUCUGAUUAUUAUGAAACAUCCGAACAACUUCUUGAACCACUUCUUCUGUGCUAUGAAUCCCUGCAAUCAUGUGGAUCUGUGACGUUGGCAGAUGGACGCCUAGCAGAUCUUAUCAGGAGGGUUGCUACCUUUGGGAUGAUAUUAAUGAAGCUUGACCUGCGUCAGGAAUCUGGUAGGCAUGCUGACACGCUUGAUGCAAUUACAAAAUAUCUAGAUAUGGGAACAUACAGUGAGUGGGAUGAAGAUAGGAAGCUGGAAUUCCUUACAAAUGAGCUCAGAGGGAAGAGGCCACUUGUCCCCACAAGCAUCGAGGUUUCUGCUGAUGUAAGAGAGGUUCUGGAUACUUUCCGUGUUGCAGCUGAACUCGGGAGUGAGUCAUUUGGAGCAUAUGUGAUUUCUAUGGCCUCCAAUGCUAGUGACGUUUUGGCAGUUGAGCUACUUCAAAAGGAUGCAAGGCUCACUGUCAGUGGGGAGCUAGGCCGAACUUGUGCAGGGGGAACGUUGCGUGUUGUACCAUUGUUUGAGACGGUAAACGAUCUCCGUGGAGCUGGAUCAGUUAUCAGAAAAUUGUUAUCCAUUGAUUGGUAUCGAGAACAUAUCAUUCAAAAUCACAAUGGUCACCAAGAGGUGAUGGUUGGGUACUCAGACUCGGGAAAAGAUGCAGGACGUUUUACUGCUGCUUGGGAGCUAUACAAGGCUCAGGAAGAUGUAGUGGCAGCUUGUGGUGAAUACGGUAUCAAAGUCACUCUGUUCCAUGGGCGUGGAGGGAGUAUUGGUAGGGGUGGCGGUCCCACUUACCUUGCUAUACAGUCCCAACCACCUGGAUCUGUAAUGGGAACUCUUCGAUCAACUGAGCAAGGUGAAAUGGUUCAAGCAAAAUUUGGCCUUCCUCAAACCGCAGUGAGGCAACUAGAGAUUUACACUACAGCUGUGCUACUUGCUACCCUACGGCCACCUCUCCCGCCUCGAGAGGAGAAGUGGAGAAACUUGAUGGAAGAAAUAUCUAGAAUAAGCUGCCAGCAUUACAGAUCUGCUGUAUAUGAGAACAAGGAAUUCCUCAGUUACUUCCAAGAAGCCACUCCUCAGGCAGAGCUUGGUUUCCUUAACAUUGGAAGUCGACCAACAAGGAGAAAAGCCUCAACAGGGAUUGAUCACCUGCGUGCCAUCCCUUGGGUGUUUGCAUGGACCCAGACUAGGUUUGUGUUGCCUGCAUGGCUGGGUAUUGGGGCUGGGCUUCAGGGAGCCUGUGAGAAGGGCUACAAGGAUGACUUGCAGGCCAUGUAUCGAGAAUGGCCAUUUUUCCAAUCCACCAUCGAUCUCAUUGAAAUGGUUCUGGCCAAGGCUGACAUGCAUAUAGCUAAGCACUAUGAUGAAGUUCUGGUUUCUCCCUCCAGGCAGGAGCUUGGCGCACAGCUGAGGAAGGAGCUAUACAACACCGAGAAGCAUAUUCUAGUCGUAACUGGUCAUGAAAAGCUAUCAGAGAACAAUCGCAGUCUCCAGCGUCUCAUAGAAAGCAGGCUUCCUUAUCUCAAUCCUAUCAACAUGCUGCAAGUAGAGAUAUUAAGAAGAUUGAGACAAGAUGAUGAUAACCAUAAACUUCGGGAUGCUUUGCUCAUCACAAUCAAUGGAAUUGCGGCUGGCAUGAGAAACACAGGCUGAGCAUCCCUGUAGACUUGUAGUGCUAUUGUGUUGCCUGCUAUUUAUUUGGACAUUCUCAAUCGCUUUGUUAACUUGGACAACCGCAUCUUUGCUGUUUCAUUAGGAUGAAAUGGUGAUGAUUUAUUAAGCUAUGAGUAGUAAGAAGACUCGGAACAUCA